AACGUAUAGAAGAGCUUCAUGCACUAGAAGCAGAGGAACGCACAACAUACAACCAACUGAGGAGUGAAAUACAGCAGCUGGAGGCUGGUGUUUUAGACCAACAGCUUGAUCCUCUCUGGGAGCAGUUAGUGAAGGAACGAGCUGAAGAAGAAGAAGAAGAACAGCGACACCAGCAAUGGCUGAAGGAACGUGAUGAAAAAAUAACAGCUAUCCAGCAGGCUUUAAAGCAUCAAAUACCCAAAGCACCUCCGGCAUUACACAGCAAAAAGAAACAGAAGUUACAGAUCAGUGGUCUGGGUGGGCCAGCAGCAGGAAACAGAAGGAACAGUGGUCUCUCAGAAACGUCUUCAGAAAUUGACAGUGCUGUUGAUAGUCCUGAUUUAAGUGAAGUUGCUUCUGAAAGUCUAGUUAGUAACAAGGUUAAUAUAUUCAUUGAUGUAUAUGUAGUUAGUUUGAAGAUGAUUUUGCAUGGACCCCCUGUCAUGUACAGUACAGGUAUCCCUCGUUAGGUUCCUGAAAAAAAGAUUCAUAUUGGCUAUAGGAAAAAUAGGGUUCGGUUCCCCAAUGUCAUACCCCAAAAACAUGAAAUUGGUUCACAAAUAACAAAAAACUACCUAACUAGUAAUAAUAAAUAGUGCACAACCACUGUAACUUGCUACCUAACACAUUAAGAACAUUAAUAAUAUACUGUAUAACUUUGGUACAAUACCUUAUGGGAGGGCAGUCUUGGCUCACUACAAGAGGGUGAGAAGGGGUAGGCCAAGUAAUGGCUUACUCAGCGAGAUGAGGAGAGCUGUCCACCUCAUCACUACUGUCUCAAUACAGUUGUCACAGCCUUUUGUAUUUUCUUCAGUGUAGUGCGGGUAGCCAAAGAUUCAGCAGAAUGCUUGGAUGCUAUGAUGAAAGGAUGGCACGAAUAUUCAUGGAUAUAGAGAGAUCACUUCACACACACACACCACGAAUGGCAGAAAGAAAGACGCGGACUUGUAGGGGUUGCAGAUCGUGCUGGAGGGAGAGGAGAUUUGUUUGAUCAGUGAGCAAGAAUAUGUGACUGCGAAUCUCUCCAAGAUGGCUGCCCCAGCUGACUCCCGGGGGCGCUCGAUUUGAAUUUUGGCUGGGAUCCAAAUUCGUUUAAGCGGGGGAAGUUUGUGUAACAUGAAAAAAAGCUAUUAAUUUAGGAAAUUCGGAAUUUUUUUUGUAUAUUGAACAUUUGUAUAGCGAGGGAUAUGUGUAUAAGUAAGACUAGACUGUAUUGUACAAAGCUUUUGUAUUUUAUGAUCUGAUCUGAUUCCCAUUCCUGGCAACUAGAGAAAAACAUCGUAAAAUAACAAUAUUAUUAAAGAGAUUAAAAGGGUUAAAUGGACUGUAUGUUAUAUACUGUAGGUAAUUAUAGUGAUUCUAUUGUGUGAAAUGAAGAAUGAUUAUUGACAUUUUCAGGUCAGCCUCUGAACUAUAGGCCAAACAUACUUCUUUCCCCACAGUAGUUAAGUAUUGUACUAGAAAUGCUUUAUCGCAGGUCCAGAUGGUAUAAAACCUAGCUUCAAGUUCUACCAAUUGAGUGGUAUGUAAAGGUAAGUAAUAGCUCAAGGUCACCUCUAACUACUAUUGCCCAGGUAAGGGUGAAAAUAUGAAUUUGAGAUAUAUCUGAAAAAAGUUUUUUUGUUGCACAGUCAUGGAUUAUUGAACACUCUAGUACAGUAAUAUUAUUCAGGGAUCACCACAAAACACUUUAAAAGAAUGACAGCAUCCAAUGACAUAUAAUGGCAUGUCAGAGUAUACAAACAUGGUUACACAAGCAAAGCAUGUUUGUAACUCAGUAAAUCAUCUGAUACUGUAAUUUUUGCAUCUUAUUAUCAAUGAAUGUGCAAAUUGUUUUGACCAUAAAAUUGUAUAUACAGUAUUUGUUGAGUUCUGGAAUAUGGUGGACAAUUUUGCCUUACCUUUGUAUAAUUAUUUCAAGUGUGGCAGGAUGAAAAUCAAGCAUGGUGGGCCCACACAGUUAAGUCCUCUGUGGUGAUCCCUGAUCUUGUUUUUCAGUAAAUACAGUAGACCCUCCAUUAACGAGCGGUUCAAUUUACAAAAUUUCAGUUAACGAGUUACCUCCCGCAAGGACUUUCAGUUCUAUUAACGAGUACAAAUUCUAUUAACGACAGCCUUACGAUAAACGCAUUUAGGUGCACGCAUCAGCUGAUCGACUUGUCCUCCAAAAAUCGGUUCUAUGUUUACCUUUGUUUC